GUAUAAAACAAUAGGUUAGUGGCGAUUUCUUGAAUGAAGACAGAUGGCAUAACUGGAAGGUAUUGCGUGGGCGUAGUAGUCCCGAGAAAAGCUUGUCUGGUGGUUCUCAAUGGAAAACAGCAAAGAAAGCGCUUGCAGACGAAGAAAUUUUUACCACUCGAGCGAAUUUCACAUCUCCAACAUCAACAAGACAACAGAUCCGAAAAAUUCGAAAAUUCUUUUAAUAAUUACGUUAAUCAAAAUAAUCAGCAAAACGUUCUUUUAAUGAACAUGACCCAACAACUGACAAAAGAUUUAAGGAUUCUUAUGAUGCAACAACAGUGCCUGAAUUCACAGAUGCAGCUAAUGAUGGCCACCAACAACGCUUUCACAAACUCAAAUGCCAACACUAAUUUGACACAACCACAAAAUUUCCCUGCUCUUCCAAUGCAAUCUUUUCCCACUCUUCCAAUGCAAUCCCUUCCUGAUCUCCCCAACUAUCAACACCCUGUUACAAUCCAGCCUGCCAUAGCAUCAACAAAUGUUAACCAGAAUACCGCAACCUCGUCAAAGCAAAAAGCAAGAGCGAAAAAAGCCAGAUGGGUCAGCUACGAACCUACCAGUUCUGAAUAACAUUUGUUCCUUUUUUCCUUUUUUUUUCAUAUGAUGUACACUGUUGCAUACAAGUUCUUCAAUAAAUUUAUUUGUUAUAUAUAUAUUUGUAUUCUAGUAGCCAUUCUUUAUUCUUUAUCCACCAUAAAAAUCAAAUAAAAAAAAAU